UUGUUUUUGGUUCCUAUAGCACAAUUUCAACAAAACAACCCUAAGUAACCACCAACAUCAGAAGAAGAAGAAGAAGAAUCGAUCUGAACAAGUCAAGUGCAGUGGGAAUUUUUCCUUCUACCCCCACAUAUUCACUUUACGCUUUUUUCUUUGCUUUCAAUUUUUCCCCCAUAAACCCAUUCCCUCUUAAAAAAAAAAAGCAGAAAUAUCUUUCUCUCUCAGUAAAAUCUCCCGUAAACCUAGAACCGUUUUUUGUGAUCGAUGGAAUAAACCGAUACUACGAUUCAACUCCUCUCUCGAAUAACUUUCAUUUCAUCCUAAAUACUUCGCGUUCAAUCAACCUUCACCGGACAACGCUGCCGCCGCCGUAGUAAGUUAAGAGAUAGAAACGUUGGGAGUGCUGAAUCGAUGAAGGUUCCUUCUCAGAGAUGGGGCUACAUUCGAAUCAUGUCUGGCACAAUCUUUGGAGGCAUUCUCGGAUUCUAUGUUAUGCACUCUGUUGAAACUAGUUACAAGGAGAAAAUGAAUGAGAGACUCAGAAACUAUGAGGCUGAAUUGAAGAGGAAGAGGGAAGAGAAACUUAAUGAGUUUCAGGAAUCACCCAAGUUUUGAACUUCCUUUCCAUAUUGUAAUUGUAACAUUUUUUUUCUUUUCCCCUUUCUUUUUUAUGUAAUCUUCUUCUUUUUGCAUUUUGAUUUAUAGUUAGUAUCAAAGCUGUUAAAACAUACACACAAGCUUCAUUAUGCUAUAACAAAAAGAGAUGCAUAGAAUAAUAUCAGUAUGGACUUGUGAGGAUUAUGUUUGAGUAACAUGGUGAUUAAAUGCGUUUGAAUCAAA